AUGGCUUCUCGUCUUCGCUAUUUCAUCAAUAGUCCUACAGGUCCGAAGACGACGCAUUUCUGGGGACCGGUUGCUAACUGGGGCUUUGUGCUCGCUGCAAUGGCAGAUAUGCAGAAACCUGCUGAUGUUAUCUCCAUCAACAUGACGUCAGCACUGUCAAUCUACAGUCUAAUUUUCAUGCGGUUUGCAUGGAUGGUAAAGCCUCGCAACUACCUGCUACUGGCAUGCCACGCUUCAAACGAGACAGCGCAAUUAUAUCAGCUGCAACGUGGCUUGCGUUUUCAAGCUAGCACGAAAGAAGCAAAGACGCAGGCGUAA